AUGGCUCAAUGUGCCUCCCGAGUGCUGGGAUUAAAGGCGUGUGCCACUUCUGCUAACUUGAAAGCAAGUCCUAAGAGAGGACGACCUGCAGCUACUGAAGUCAAGAUUCCAAAACCAAGAGGCAGACCUAAGGUGGUAAAACAGCCUUGUGCUUCAGAGAGUGACAUGGUUAUUGAUGAAGACAAAGGGAAAAAAAAGGGGCCAGAGGAAAAACAACCUAAAAAGCAGCUUAAAAAGGAAGAAGAAGGUCAAAAGGAAGAGGAUAAGCCCAGAAAAGAACCAGAUAAGAAAGAGGGGAAGAAAGAAGUGGACUCUAAACGGAAAAAUUUAGCUAAACCAGGGGUUACAUCAACCUCUGAUUCCGAAGAUGAAGAUGAUCAAGAAGGUGAAAAGGAGAGGAAGGGUGGAAGAAACUUGCAGAGUGCUCACAGGAGGAACAUGCUGAAAGGCCAACAUGAGAAAGAAGCCGCAGAACAGAAACACAAGCAAGAGGAACCAAUGGAAACUGAGCAGCAGAAUAAAGAUGAAGGAAAGAAGCCAGAAGUUAAGAAAGUGGAGAAGAAGCGAGAAACAUCAAUGGAUUCUCGACUUCAAAGGAUACAUGCUGAAAUUAAAAAUUCACUCAAAAUUGAUCAUCUAGAUGUGAACAGAUGCAUUGAGGCACUGGAUGAACUUGCUUCACUUCAGGUAACAAUGCAACAAGCUCAGAAACACACAGAGAUGAUCACAACCCUGAAGAAAAUACGGCGGUUCAAAGUUAGUCAAGUUAUCAUGGAAAAGUCCACAAUGUUAUAUAACAAGUUUAAGAAUAUGUUUUUGGUUGGUGAAGGGGAUUCAGUCAUCACCCAAGUGCUGAACAAAUCUCUUGCUGAACAAAGACAGCAUGAGGAAGCAAAUAAAACCAAAGACCAAGGAAAAAAAGGGCCAAAAAAAAAGCUAGAAAAAGAACAAACUGGUUCAAAGACCUUAAAUGGAGGAUCUGACACUCAAGACAGUAGUCAUCCGAAACACAAUGGUGACAGUAACGAAGCCAGCAAAGACAGCCAUGAGGCCAGCAGUAAGAAAAAGUCUCCCGGAGAAGAGAGAGAGGCCGAACUAUCUCUGAAGGAGUCACCACUUGAUAACUAGGUUGGCGGACAUGGGGUGUAAAGAUGAUGUGAAGUCUGUUGUGAGUGGCUUCAUUUGAAAUCCUUAGGCUGCUGAAAGGCUUAAAUUUUUAUAAGCAUAGGUUUGAUGUUUAAGUAGUUUGGGGAAAGAAAAUCCCUUUAUGUUUGUGUAAAAGUAAAACUUAUUGCUCAUUUUCCGUGUGCAGUAUUAACAGCUCCAUCAUCCAGUUCAAAUGUGAGGGAAACCUACUUAGAAAGGUUCACCCGCUUUAUAGACAUGACUGGUGUAUUUCAGUUAGAGUGUGUGUGUCCAUGUGUAAUUGGUAGUAGGCCAGUUACAUUUUAAAACUGCUCCUUGUGUAAAUCGUCCCUCUUCUCCCAAGUACUGUGGGUUUUGUGCAUAGUUUUUACAAAUCUUGGAUUUACCAGACUGUCU